ACUUGUCAAGGGGGACACGGGACGGGCCUAAAAUUCUAAUAAUAUUUAAAAUAAAUUAAAAUGGCAAAUAUUUUGAGGAAAAUUGUGAGUAUUUAUUAAUAUAAAUGAACGUUUUUGUUUUUUGGUAAUAAUAGCAGUAAAUUAAGUUUGCCUUUAUUAAAAAAAUCUAUCUGCAUGUGAUUUUUGGUACCCCUUCACCAUGAGACUUUUUACAAAUUUAUCUAACAUUAAAACCGAAACCUCGAUAUGGACAAAACUAAUAAACUAUUUUAAUAGAACUCCGUCAAAUCGGCAGCCAAAUGAAAUUGAUUUAAGUACAUCACAAGCUUUGGGUAGCAGAUUAUUUAGUAGUGAAGUUAAAAAAUGUACACUUAUACCUGGAGAUGGCAUAGGUCCUGAAAUUUCAGCUGCUGUGCAGAAAAUCUUCCAAGCUGCCAGUGUGCCUAUUGAAUGGGAAAGUGUAGACGUGACACCAGUUAGGGGCCCCGAUGGAAAGUUUGGUAUUCCUCAAGCUGCUAUUGACUCAGUCAACAAAAAUAAAAUCGGUCUGAAAGGUCCUCUGAUGACCCCCGUAGGAAAAGGACACAGAUCUUUAAAUCUUGCUCUCAGAAAAGAAUUCAAUCUUUAUGCCAACGUUAGGCCCUGCAGGAGUUUAGAGGGAUAUAAAACUUUGUAUGACCAUGUAGAUGUUGUGACCAUUCGUGAAAACACUGAAGGUGAAUAUUCUGGUAUUGAACACGAAAUUGUUGACGGAGUCGUACAGAGUAUCAAAUUGAUAACAGAGGACGCCUCCAGAAGGGUAGCUGAAUUCGCUUUCCAAUAUGCCAAAGAAAAUAAUAGAAAGAAAGUUACUGCAGUACACAAAGCUAACAUUAUGCGUAUGUCUGACGGUCUUUUCUUGAGAUGCUGUAGAGAAAUGGCGAAAAAACAUCCCGAAGUUAAGUUUGAAGAGAAAUAUUUGGACACAGUAUGUUUGAAUAUGGUGCAAGAUCCCACUCAAUAUGAUGUAUUGGUAAUGCCUAAUCUAUAUGGUGAUAUCUUGUCUGAUAUGUGUGCAGGUCUCGUUGGAGGAUUAGGUCUUACUCCUUCUGGUAACAUCGGCCUUAACGGUGCUCUAUUUGAGUCGGUGCAUGGAACAGCUCCAGACAUUGCUGGCCAAGACAAAGCCAACCCCACCGCCCUGCUCCUUUCAGCCGUCAUGAUGUUGAGGUAUAUGGGCCUUAAUAACCACGCGUCCAAGAUCGAAAAUGCCUGCUUCGAGACCAUCAAGGAAGCCAAAUACCUAACAGGCGAUUUGGGAGGCAAAGCCAAAUGUUCAGAGUUCACAAACAGCAUUUGCGAGAAAAUAGCAUAAGUUCCCAAAGGAAAAACGUCGCAGUAACCCUCGUUAAAGAAGAUAGACGUUAGUGUGUUGAUUUUAAUAAUAUUUGUACAUAAUAAGCAAAACAUUUUUUUGUAGUAGGCUAGCGAGCGAGGGUGUCUUUUUUGUAACAUGCUCAGUAUUUAUCAUCAAAAUAAAGUUUCUCAUUACGUUUAGGCCCU